CGUAAUAAGUAACGAAAGGAUGUUGUAGAUAUAGUAAUGAGAUUUAUCACCAAAACGCGGUGAUCUGCUGUUAUCCAAGACACUUUCUUUCUCUUUCUCCUUCGUAUCUGUAAAUUCAUUGUACUCCAUUUUCUCUCUCCUCCAUUUUUAGCCUUUCUCUUUCUUUCGCCAUUGUCAACUUCUCCGUGAUUCAGGGAUUUGGAUAAUCAGAUUAAUUGUAUAAAUGGGAGAGCAUUUGGUGUUGUAUGUGGACCGCUUGGUGAAUCCUACAGAGGCGGAGGGGGCGUCGACAUCAGCGGCGUCGUCUUCGUCGAAUUCGGGGUUGGAGGAGAAAAUUGAGGAGAGGGUUGACGAUGAUUCAGCUGGAGGGGAAGAUGAACCCCUAAUUCAGCUCGCCGAAUGUCGUAUUUGCCAGGAAGAAGAUUGCAUUGCUAGCUUGGAAGUUCCCUGUCGUUGUAGUGGCAGCUUGAAGUAUGCACAUAGAAAAUGUGUUCAGCGCUGGUGCAAUGAGAAAGGGGACAUAACAUGUGAGAUAUGCCACCAGCCUUACCAACCCAAUUACACUGCUCCACCACCACCACCCCAUCCUGAAGACACUGCAAUUGAUAUUGGUGGAGGCUGGACAAUAUCUGGCACUCCUUUGGAUUUGCAUGAUCCUCGUCUUCUGGCAAUUGCUGAGGCAGAGCGACAGUUUCUGGAAGCUGAGUAUGAUGACUAUGCUGCUACUAGUGCUAGUGGAGCUGCAUUUUGUCGUUCAGCUGCGCUCAUUCUGAUGGCUCUUCUGCUCUUAAGGCAUGCUUGGAGUUCACCAGAUGCUGAUAGUGAAGAUGAUAUGUCAGCCUUUUUCUCGCUUUUCUUGCUUAGGGCUGCUGGAUUUCUUUUGCCUUGUUACAUUAUGGCGUGGGCCAUCAGUAUCUUGCAGCGUAGAAGACAACAACAGGAAGCUGCAGCGUUGGCAGCAACUCAAGUUGCUUUUGUGCUCCAAUCAGGGCAACACAGGGGCUUGCAGUUUAUGAUAGCUCCACGUUCUCCUUCAGCUGUGGCUCAAGAAGCUGUUUAGUGCUCUGUUAAUAGCAACACCUGCCAUCCGUGGGGGAAAAUGGUGACUACAUCACCCCUAUUCAAGUCAUGUUCUAUUUGUUUUUAAUUGUUAUUACUCUAACCUAAAUUUCACCAUCGUCUGUGAUUAUCUGUUAGUCUUAAGAGUCCAGAAGCCGUCUAUUCUUUGCAAGCAUUUGUGUUCAUCGGCUUGAUGCUGUCUAUAAGGUCUUAUCUUGAGUUGGUAAAAAAAUCGUGGGCAUUUCCCAGUUUAGUCCUUGGCUUUCUCCAGGCAAAUAUAUGUAAUUUAGGAAUAUGUAGAAUUGCACCAGAAACCAUUUUUUUUUAUCCUUUUUUAAACCAAAGUGUCUGUAAUCUAACUACUACGGUGGCUGCAAAUUCUGGUAAUUUUCCGAAAUGUUUAGGACUCAGUAGCUUGAAAAAUAAUAGAGCUGUGCUACAUAUUGAUGAAAUAGGUUAUAACUCUGUACUUUGUUCAGAUUGUACACAUAAAUCUCACUAUAGUACAAUCCUCAAAACUGAAUUGUUUAAUAUUUUUGGUUUA